GUAGCUGAUGAGCCGAGAGUGGCCGGGAGUCAGGAUUUUUUUGUUGCUAUUGCUGUGAGCUUUUGGCCGAGGCAUCACGGUCUGCGGGAGGAUUGGGAAGGGUCCUUGCUUUAGAGCCUGGGAAACAGCUCUGAUUUGGAAAAACUAGACAUCUUCCCCCAAGUACCCGGCAGAGAACCAGAACUGUGGAAUGUGCACUCGGGAGUUCCAAAAGGCAGAUAGAAGAUGCUCCAAACCAGCAACUACAGCCUGGUGCUCUCCCUGCAGUUCCUGCUGCUGUCCUAUGACCUGUUUGUUAACUCCUUCUCGGAGCUACUCCGAAUGGCUCCUGUCAUCCAGCUGGUGCUCUUCAUCAUCCAGGAUAUUGCAAUCCUCUUCAACAUCAUCAUAAUUUUCCUCAUGUUCUUCAACACCUUCGUCUUCCAGGCUGGCCUGGUCAACCUCCUAUUCCAUAAGUUCAAAGGGACCAUCAUUCUGACUGCUGUGUACCUCGCUCUCAGCAUCUCCCUUCAUGUCUGGGUCAUGAACUUGCGAUGGAAAAACUCCAGCAGCUUCAUUUGGACGGAUGGGCUUCAAACACUGUUUGUAUUCCAGAGACUAGCGGCGGUGUUCUACUGCUACUUCUACAAGCGGACAGCUGUGAGACUGGGCGACCCCCGCUUUUACCAGGACUCGCUAUGGCUGCGAAAGGAGUUCAUGCAAGUCCGAAGGUGACCACUUCAUGUCCCGUCGAUGAAUGCCUUUCCUUCUGGUAGAAGUCACCUGGGCUGCUCUCCAGGGAAGGACAGCCCUUGGCACCAGGAAACAUGGACUUACCUAGGACAUGUUCCGGCCAGCUGUGCUCAGCCUUCAAGAGCAAAGACUCUCCAGGUGUGGUUGGAAACUGAGGCAGGAGAACUGUUAUGAGUUUGAGGCCACCCUGGGCCUACCUAGUGAGUUCUAGGAUAGCCUGUAGAGAGAGAACCUUUCUCAAAAAAGAAGGAAGACUUUCCCUAUUCCAAAUUAAAGUGUUUUCCCCAGACUGUAGAACAAAGUGCAGUCUUGCCUCCUACCUCAGUCCAUCCACUUCCUUCUCUUCCUGCUCUGGACCACUUGCUUUCUCUUUCCCUUCUUCCUUCCUGAAGAUUCUGCAGCUCUGGAGCUCCCACUCUUUGAAGCUUAUGGUUCAGCCUUUUAGGUAGCCCACCUCCUGCUCUCCUGAUACCAUACCUGAGUGGCUGAAGGUUAUAGACAAUGAUGGGCAUGUCCUGACUGACCACACCUUAGUCAUUUAGAUUUUAUAUCUAAAGUACUUUUUUACAGUUCUAAAAGGAAAUAAAUUGAAUUUUUUUUUCCAUAAA